CUGCAAGCAACCUCCGAGCGAUGGCAAGCACACGCGCGGAGGGCGCCUCGAUCCUCGAUGCCCGACCGCCCCCGCCGCGCCACCAGGUGCACAUCUCGGUGCUGCCGGCGAUGAGCCCCGGCGGGCCGCAGACGUGCAGGAUCAGCGGGCCUCCGGAGCUCGCGGAGCAGGCCGAGCAGAUGGUGAAGGAGAAGUUGGACGAGCUGAGGUCGCAAGGCGACGGGUCUGCCCCGACGAAUGGGAUGCCGCCAGGACUCCCGACGCCGCCGCCGAUGCAGGCGCCCCCUGGAGGGCAGCAGUGGCAGGACCCGACCUCCGACGGGCGCGUAGUUCCGCCGCCGGCGCGACCGUUUCAGCACGGGCAGUUCGGUGGCCCCGAGCCGAUGCACCUGCAGAGCGUCCCGCGGCUGCCGAUGCCAGGCGGCGGCUCGCGCCCUUCGGGCGGCGGCGGCGGCGCCUGCUUCAGCAUACCCCGCCCGCCGAUGGGGGCGUCGGCCAAGACAGGUAUGCUGCCACCAAGACCACCGGCGCCGCCAGGGCAGGGCAUGAUGCCAGGAGGCUCGCUGC